AUGGGUUGUAUAUGUUGGGGAGAUUGUGAUGGACCGGCUAAUUCAUCAGCUGUUGGCCGCUGUCUAGCAACAUCAGCUGGAGUAUUCACUGUUGAAGGUGUUUGGGAUAUAGCUGAAGUUGAAGGUUGUACUCGUCUGGAAGGUUGGGAUGGUCCAGCUAAUUCAUCAGCUGUUGCUGUCUGCUGUCUAGCAACACCAGCUGGGGUAUUCACUGUUGAAGGUGUCUGGGAUAUAGCUGAAGUUGAAGGUUGUACUCGUCUGGAAGGUUGGGAUGGUCCAGCUAAUUCAUCAGCUGUUGCUGUCUGCUGUCUAGCAACACCAGCUGGGGUAUUCACUGUUGAAGGUGUCUGGGAUAUAGCUGAAGUUGAAGGUUGUACUCGUCUGGAAGGUUGGGAUGGUCCAGCUAAUUCAUCAGCUGUUGCUGUCUGCUGUCUAGCAACACCAGCUGGGGUAUUCACUGUUGAAGGUGUCUGGGAUAUAGCUGAAGUUGAAGGUUGUACUCGUCUGGAAGGUUGGGAUGGUCCAGCUAAUUCAGCAGUCAUUGCUCGCCGCAUUGCAACAUUAGCUCGUGUAUUAGACGACGACCUAUCUACAGAUAGCCAAAUUCCAUCGGUUGAGGAUGCCUGGGCUACAGCUGAAGUUGAAGCUGAUCUUAGAAUAUCACGAUCAUCUUGAAAGAAGGAAUCUCUUGAACUCUGACUUGGUGGAACUACAGAUCCAGGGCUUGAAGGUGGUGAAUCUAUGAUGCUUAAAUUUGGGCUUGAUGGUGAACUAGCUGGUGAGUUGUUUUGUAUAGGAGUUACUAAAUAGUUAUAGAUGUGAUCAUUUAUGUGUAUCCAGUUUGUAUUAGCUGUAAAACGCCUUGUUGUUGUUUGCCAAGCCCAAAUAGGGUUGUCUUGAAGUGUAUACAUUCUGAUCAAUUGCCAAUUAUAUCCAUCAAUGUUUUCAUGUAUGAUAACUAUACAAUUAGA